UCACAUGACCCUUAUCAUUGUCAUCAACUAUUUGCUUCCAUGCCAUGGUCUCUCAAGCCCGAUGCCUUCACUCUAUCUUCUCUCCUGAAGGUAUGCAAAGAUGGGGCACUCUCGUUAUGCGAGAUUAGUGUUUGAUUUGAUGCCUGAGAGAGACAUCGUCUCAUGGAAUUCGAUAAUAUCGGGUUACUCUCAAGCAGGAAAUUAUGAUGAGUGUUUGGGAUUGUUUUUUGAGAUGGUGAAGGGAUUGGACGGCGUGAUGCCAAAUGGGGUGACUGUUGCCAGCAUGCUGCACGCUUGUUCACAGAUGAAGGAUUUGGUCAUGGGAACGAGAGCGCAUCAGUUUGCAGUAAAGAGUGAGAUUGAGAUGGAUGCAAUGCUUUGGAAUUCAGUUAUUGGGUUUUAUGCAAAAUGUGCAAGGUUGGAAUAUGCAAGGUCUUUGUUUGAUGAAAUGCAAUAUAAAGAUGCUGUGAGUUAUAAUGUGAUGAUUACAGGGUACAUGGCCCAUGGAUUUGUGGACAAGGCAAUGAAUCUCUUUAAUCGAAUGGCGAAUUCAACAAUUAGCUCUUGGAAUGCAGUUAUCGCGGGUCUUGUGCAAAAUAAUCAACAUUCUGAUGCAUUGAGUCAAGUCCUAGUGAUGCAAGAUUUAGGUUUUCGACCCAAUUCCAUAACUUUAUCAAGCAUUCUCCCUGCUAUUUCAUUCUUUUCGAAUCUCUUAGCUGGGAAACAAGUGCAUGGUUAUGCUAUUAGAAGCGACUUUGAUCAAAACAUUUACGUGACGAGUGCGCUGAUCGACAUUUAUGCUAAAUCCGGGUUUCUUGCAGGGGCUCGUUGUGUAUUUGAGAGAACGAAAGGAAGGAGCCUCAUUGUUUGGACUGCUAUUAUAUCGGCUUAUGCAUCUCAUGGUGAUGCUGAUAAUGCAAUUAUCAUGUUUAAUAGAAUGCUUGAUAAUGGGAUCGAGCCUGAUCCUGUGACAUUCACUACUGUUCUUUCUGCUUGUGCUCAUGCUGGAGCAGUAAAUGAAGCCCGAAAAAUUUAUAAAAUGAUGGCCAGUUAUGAAAUUUUACCAGCUAUGGAGCAAUAUGCUUGCAUGGUUGGAGUAUUUAGCCGCCAAGGAAUGCUUGAGGAAGCAAUGGAGUUCAUUAGCAAAAUGCCCGGUGAGCCAAAUGCAAAGAUUUGGGGUUCAUUGCUUAACGGGGCUGCAAGCAUUGGAGAUGUUGAAUUCGGAAAAUUUGUUUAUGAAAAGUUGGUGCAAAUUGAACCAGAGAACACAGGGAACUAUAUUGUGAUGGCUAAUUUGUAUUCACGAGUUGGCAGAUGGGAGGAGGCGAAGAUUGUGAGAGAAAAAUUGAAGGGCAUUGGGCUGUCGAAGAUUCCAGGUUGUAGUUGGAUUGGAAUGAGUUAUGGUUUACAAGUGUUUGUCGCAAAAGAUGCAUCAAAUGAACGUUCUGACGAGAUUUACAUGGUGUUGGAUAGACUGAUUGGAUUAAUGCGUGAAGAGGGGUAUGUGUCUGAAGCGGAGAUCGACGAGGAGAGUUGUUUCUGAAAACAUGUUAAUUACUGUGAUAAGUAAGAUCUCUUCAUCUGGAAGAUUCAUAAUGUGGAGUUCAAUGUAUUUGGUUUGUUAAUCCAUAGUGUAAAUCAUUGAGAUUCAUUACAGAUGUCAUAUCCCAUAACAAUUUUCACUUCCAAUCUCGUAAUGCCAUAGUCAUAUUAGUGAAGAAAUGGCGAGAGAGUACAGGAAAACAGCAGAAGAAUCAACCAGGCAGACUGGCGGUCGACCAUCGCGGUCAACCGCGAACGUGCACAAAGGCCACUAGGACUCAGAGCUGAAGGCG